CAACCACACACACUCCUAUCUCUCUCUCUGAAUUAUGCUUUCUUCAUCCUACCAAAACCACUCUGGUUUUAAGAUCAUCAAACCUUUUUGAACAUAGUAUACCAACCACUCAGUCUACUUUAUCUCUCUCUCUCUCUCACCCAAAUUAUGCAAUUUUCCUCCAAACACAAAUAACAGAUUUCUUCAUCAAAUUAUGGAUAUACACCAAAAUAGAAACUAAAACAUUCUUCUGCUGCUUCUUCAAUUAUUGUAAACAUACAAACAUACCACAGUCUUGUUGAUUCUCUUUAGGGUUUCUUGUAGAAACCCAAGAAUAAAAACAAGUACUUACCAGAUCAAGAUCAAGAGACCUCAAAACAAGAAAUUAAGGGUUUUCAACAAGAAAAUGGGGAGAGGGAGGGUGCAGUUGAAGAGGAUUGAGAACAAGAUUAGCAGACAGGUGACAUUUUCUAAGAGAAGAACAGGCUUGUUGAAGAAAGCUCAUGAGAUCUCUGUGCUAUGUGAUGCUGAUGUUGCUCUUAUUGUUUUCUCUACUAAAGGCAAACUGUUUGAGUACUCCACUCACUCCAGUAUGGAGGCAAUUCUUGAAAGGUAUGAACGAUACUCGUAUGCAGAAAAGCUGCUUACUGGACCUGAAGCAGAAACACAGGGAAGUUGGACUCUUGAGUCAUCCAAGCUCAGGACUAAGAUUGAAGUACUAGAAAAGAACAUAAGGCACUAUGGUGGGGAAGACCUUGAGCCUUUGAACCUUAGAGAGCUUCAAAGCGUUGAACAACAACUUGAUACCGCUCUCAAACGAAUUCGAACAAGAAAGAACCAAGUUAUGCAUGAGUCCAUCUCAGAACUCCAUAAAAAGGAGAGAGCACUCCAAGAGCAAAACAAUGCACUCUCCAAGAAGUUGAAGGAGAAUGAGAAGAACACCGAGCAACAGCAUGUAGGGCUUCUGUUAUCUCAGCCUCAGCCGCCACCACCACCACCACCGCCCCCGCCAUCUCAACCACCACACUUAGUUCCUCUUGCAAUUGGGAGUACUGGACCAUUCCAAGGAACAGCGGCUACAAGGGCGGAUGAUUCGGCUCAAAUCCAUGCCUUAUCUGCAGGGAUGAUGCCCCCAUGGCUGUAUCGCCACGUCAACCAAUAAGACAAUGGCAUUCUAGUAUAUUUAUGAAGUGGCAUAAAUGAGUAAUCACUUAUGUACUUCUUCAUGUCUGGAUCCCUAUCAUAAUGUAUGUGCAAUGAUCACUGCUACAUAGACGGUUAUCGUUCAGUUUCUACCCACUACAUUAAUAGAUGUUCCUGCAUGAUAUUUUAAAGAUACAACCAAUUAACAUGUGAUGGUUUUCGUCAUUAUU